AUGAUCUCAUCAUCCUCUUCAUCGUUAUUCUUUCGAACUUGUUGUUUGAAAAGCACAACCAAAUCCAGCCUCUCCUCUCUGCUUCUCUCCAAUCCGAAUAGUGCUUUCACCAACUGUAUUCAAAAACGUUUUCUCAACAUCCACGAAUAUCAGGCUCAAGAGCUAUUCAGAAAAUAUGAUAUUGCUGUUCCCAGAGGUAAAGUCAUCACGAAUGUAACCGAAGUCAAAAAAGCCUGCAUUGAAUUGGGCUACAAUGUGGAUUAUAUUGUGAAGGCUCAAGUCUUGGCCGGUGGAAGAGGACGAGGAAAAUUCAAGAAUGGUCUCAAAGGUGGUGUCCAAAAAGCACUUUCCGUUGCAGAAGCUGAAGAAUAUGCUUCUAAAAUGUUGGGUCAAGUCCUUGUAACCAAACAAACUGGACCUGAAGGAAAGCCAUGUAACAAGGUUUAUAUUCAAGAAAGACUUUAUGCUCGUCGAGAAUUAUAUCUCGCCAUUUUACUGGAUCGACAAUCGGGUGGACCUGUUUUAAUCGGAAGUACUCAAGGAGGAAUGGCUAUUGAAGAUGUUGCUAAGGAGAGCCCUGAAGAAAUUCACACCAUUCAAAUCAGUGUUAAAGAUGGAUUGAAAAAGUCUCAAGCGGAAGAGUUAGCUCAAAAAUUAGGUUUUUCUCGUGAUGACAUGAUGCAACAAGCGGUCGACCAAAUUACAAAACUUUAUAAUUUGUUCAUGAAGACAGAUGCAGUUCUUCUGGAAAUCAAUCCUUUAAUUGAAACUGCUGAUGGAAAAGUGAUUUGUGCUGAUGCUAAAAUUAAUAUUGAUGACAAUGCUGCGUUCCGUCAAAAAGAACUUUUUGCUCUCAAAGACAUUUCACAAGAAGAUCCUAGAGAUGUUCGUGCUGCAAAAUAUGAUUUGAAUUACAUUGGUCUUGAUGGUAAUAUUGGAUGUAUUGUUAACGGAGCAGGUUUGGCCAUGGCCACUAUGGAUAUCAUUAAAUUAUAUGGUGGAGACCCAGCUAACUUUUUGGAUGUGGGUGGUGGUGCAUCUCAGGACCAAAUUGUGGAGGCUCUUAAGAUUCUCAAUGAUGAUCAUCAUGUUCAAGCAAUUUUGGUGAAUAUUUUCGGAGGUAUUAUGAGAUGUGACCUUAUUGCGCAAGGUUUGAUUAAUGCUGUGAAGGAGACUGAGUUGAGAGCUCCAGUUGUUGUUCGUUUGCAGGGUACCAAUGUGCAACAAGCGAAGGAUAUCCUUGCCAAGAGCGGAAUUCGUAUCAUUCCAGCUGAUAAUCUCGAGGACGCUGCUCAGAAGGCUGUGAAAAUUGCAUCCAUUGUCGUCAACGCAACGGAUUUGGGCUUGAAAGUUAAUUUUGAACUCAAGUAA